GUGGCCCUGGUGUACAUGUUCUUGGGAGUGUCCAUCAUCGCUGACCGUUUCAUGGCGUCCAUCGAGGUCAUCACCUCUCAGGAGAAAGAGAUCACCAUCAAGAGACCCAACGGAGAGACCACCACCACCACCGUGCGGAUCUGGAACGAGACAGUGUCCAAUCUCACGCUCAUGGCCCUGGGUUCAAGUGCCCCUGAGAUCCUACUGUCCGUCAUUGAGGUUUGCGGCCACGGUUUUGAUGCAGGAGCCUUGGGUCCUAGCACCAUCGUGGGCAGCGCCGCCUUCAACAUGUUUGUCAUAAUUGGCAUCUGUGUGUACGUGGUGCCCGACGGGGAGGUCCGUAAGGUCAAGCACCUGCGCGUCUUCUUCGUCACAGCCACCUGGAGCAUCUUCGCCUACAUCUGGCUCUACCUGAUCCUGGCUGUCAUCUCCCCUGGCAUAGUGCAGGUGUGGGAGGGCCUGCUCACCCUCUUCUUCUUCCCCAUCUGCGUGUUGUUCGCCUGGGUCGCUGACCGACGCCUCCUCUUCUACAAGUAUGUCUACAAGCGCUACCGUACCGGCAAGCAGCGGGGCAUGAUCAUUGAGACCGAGGGUGACCGCCCGCUCCCGUCCAAAGUUGACAUUGAGAUGGACGGAAAGAUGCUCAACUCUCACGCGGUGGACUUCCUAGACGGGCCUCUGGGGCUGGAGCUGAACGUGAAGGACCUGGAUGAGGAGGAGACCCGGCGCGACAUGGCCAAGAUCCUCAAGGAGCUGAAGCAGAAGCACCCAGACAAGGAGAUGGAGCAGCUGAUUGAACUGGCCAACUACCAGGUGUUGAGUUCGCAGCAGAAGAGCAGGGCCUUCUACCGCUGCCAGGCCACCAGACUCAUGACCGGCGCUGGGAACAUCCUGAAGAAGCAUGCGGCUGACCAGGCCCGCAAGGCCGUCAGCUUGCACGAGGUUCGCUCUGAUAUGGCCGAUAACGACCCCAUUUCCAAGAUCUACUUUGACCCCGGCUCCUACCAGUGCCUGGAGAACUGUGGCACAGUGGCAGUUAACGUGCUACGGCGAGGCGGUGACCUGACCAAGACAGUGUCGGUGGAGUUCCGCACAGAGGAUGGAUCAGCCAACGCGGGCUCGGACUACGAGUUCACCGAGGGGGUGGUGGUGUUCAAGCCCGGCGAGACCCAGAAGGAGAUCCGUGUGGGCAUCAUUGAUGAUGACAUCUUUGAGGAGGAUGAGAACUUCCUGAUCCACCUGAGCAACGUCAAAGUGCUGCUGGCAGAGGGAGAGGAGGUAGAGAACCCAGAGACCAAUCACGUGGAGGCGGUGGCCUGUCUCGGCCUGCCUGCCACGGCAACCGUGACCAUCUUUGACGACGACCACGCCGGCAUCUUCACGUUCGAGGAGCCGGUGGCACACGUGAGUGAGAGUGUGGGCACCAUGGAGGUGAAGGUGCUGCGUACGUCAGGGGCACGUGGGGUCGUCAUGGUGCCCUACAAGACUGUAGAGGGCACGGCACACGGAGGAGGAGAGGAUUUCGAAGAUACACACGGGGUCCUGGAGUUUCAGAACGAUGAAAUCUUCAAAAUGAUCAAGGUCAGAAUCGUUGACGACGAGGAGUAUGAGAAAAACAAGACCUUCUACUUGGAGAUGGGAGAGCCUCGCCUGAUGGAGACCAAUGACAGUAAAGGUGGGGGAGAUACUACAGAGGUGGCUGUGAAGGAGGUGGAAGAGGAGACGCCACUGACAGAAGUGGAUGAUGAGGACCAACGCAUCGCUGAUAUGGGCCGACCCACGCUGGGGGACCACGUCAAACUUGAAAUCAUCAUUGAGGAAUCCUACGAGUUUAAGAACACUGUGGACAAGCUGAUUAAGAAGACAAACCUGGCGCUGCUGGUGGGGACUAACAGCUGGAGAGACCAGUUCAUCGAGGCCAUCACCGUCAGUGCCGGGGGCGAUGAUGUGAUCUGUGCCCAGUUUAAUGUCACCUCCGCUGGGUUCGUGGCUGCCUCUUCCUCUCCCGAUGGGGCCUGGCGGAAAGAGACAGUCCAUAACAAUUAA